AUGGACAUCAUCCGCGCCAAGGACAAGCAAAAGAACUGGGGUCUCAACUUCUGCGCCAUCAUGCAGCUCUGGCGCGGCGGGUGCAUCAUCCAGGCGGACUACAUCACAAACCUGAUCGAUAAGUUGUACAGGAGUCAUGGACACGACAAGGAAGACCUGCUAGCCAAUAGUGAGGGAGGCAAGGAGUUGGCGGCCAACUUCGCUGCCACCAAGGAGACACUGCUCAGGGGCGUCCAGGCAGAUGCGUUUGUGCCGUCGUUGAGCCAGAGCGUCGAGUACUACAAGUACAUGACGUCCACGAAGCUACCUACGCAGUUCAUGGAGUCGCAGCUGGACUACUUUGGGCAGCACAUGUUUGAUACGCAGAGUGAUCCAGUGGGCGGGCGGGAGAAGGGGAAUCACCACUUUCAAUGGCACCCAGCGCGAGGGAUCACGGGUGAGUAG